AUGGAAAAAAGAGUAAAUGAACUAUAUCAACGUGCAAAAGCAGAUGAAGAUUUUAUUACAAUUUCACAAUUAGCAAAGGAAUAUCCAAUUCCUGAUGAUCUUAGAGUUGAAUUAUAUGAAUAUUUAAUUCCAAAAGUAGAUGGUAUUGAAUGUAAAGCACAACGAGAAAUAGGAGAACUUACUACAAUUGAAGAAUACCUCACAAAGUUUGAAUUAUCAAAAGAUAAAAUUGAUGAUGCAAAGAAGACAGUGUUAUAUCUUAUUCAUACAAAUCCAUGUCAAUAUUAUGAAGAAAUUGUAUUAUUUGUAUUAAUUAUGGAAAAAAUUAUGGGAAGAAUUGACUUACCUUUUAUACAGAGGAUUUAUAAUAGUUAUAUGGGAUUUUGCAUUAACUUACUUCCAAGAGGAUGGCAUGGACUAUUAUCAUUAACACAUAUGAUCUUAUUAUAUUAUUUCCCUGAUGUUACUAUUCAUCUAGACAAAAUGAAAUUAACAACAGAUAAAUUACUUCGACGAUUCAUUUUUAAUUUGAACGUUAAAAUGUGUAAAGAUUUUAAAGCAAUUUUAACUCUUUUAGAUGGAAUAUUCACUUUCCAAAAUAAAAAUCUUUAUUUCUAUGUAAUGGUUGCUAUUUACGAAGAUAUGGGAAGUCAAUUGAAAACACUUCAAACACAAGAAGAAGUUCUUAAUUUUAUGGCUUCAAAAAGUUAUACAUCUGAUGAAAUUAAGAUUCUUCUUUCAAUUGCUAAAUGUUAUUUAGCAAAAAGUCCUGCAUCCUUCAAUGGACUUAUUAAUGGAUGUUUAAAUAAUACACCUCAGUUCAAACAAUGGUACACUGCAAACAUUUCAGAGGCAUUUGUAGUUUCAUUGACACCAACAGAUAUUAUAAAUUACACAAUACUAUUUAAACAACCACUCCAAAUGAUAGAUGUCCGACCAAAUGAACAAUACCAACAUGGACAUUUAACACAUGCAAUUUCAUUAGAAAUUGAUAAUCAAAAGAAAGAAAAUAUUGAAAAAGUAUUUUCAGAAUUAACACAGAAACAACCUGUAGUGUUCUAUGCAUCUGGAGAAGGAGGUAAUCCUACAAUAAAAGAAAUGGCUAUUUUGUGCUAUGAGUUAUACAGCAGAGGUUAUAAGAGAGUUGGAAUUAUGGUUGGAGGAUAUAAAAUGUACCAUAAAUAUUUUAUUGAAGGAAGUUUAGGAUUUGAAAUAGAAGGUCAUAACACACUGAAAUGUCCUGCAUGUCUUGGUGUCACAGGAGGGUUGUUUUCACGAUUUAAAAGAGGAGAAGUAAAGGAGAAUAAGGAGGUAAUCACUGAAGGUAUUAAAGAUGAACGAAAAACAGAAGAUGAAACAGAAAAAAAGGAAGACGACAAGAAAGAAAAACAAGAGAAUAAAGGAGAGACAGAAGGAAAAGAAGAAGAUGGGAAAAUCAAAGUAGAAAAAGAACAUACAAAAUCAAGAUGGGGAAAUUCAUUCAGGCAAACACUACGAUGGCUAACAGAAGAACCUAAUAAAGAAAAAAAGAGCAACGAAGAAAAAAAAGAAGAAGUAGUGAAAAAGCAAGAAGAGGAAAAACAAGAAGAAAAUAAAGGGGAAAGUAAAGAAGAAAAUAAAGAGGAAAAACAAGAAGAAAAUAAAGGGGAAAGUAAAGAAGAAAAUAAAGAGGAAAAACAAGAAGAGGUUGUUGUAUCUAUUGACACAGACUCAAUUAAGAAAUCAGUAAUGAGUUGGUUAGUGGGAAAACCAAAAGAACAAAAGAAAGAAGAAGAAGAAUUAAACAAGAAAGAAGAUAAAAAAGAACAAAAAACAAGUACUGAAAAAGAAGAAGCAAAAGAAGAAAUAGACAAGAAAGAAGAAGAAGAGAAAAAGACAGUUUCACUUGAGGCAGAAAGAAAGGAAAAAGAAGAAGAAUUAGAAAAGGAAAAGCAGCCAACAGAAAUAGAGUCUCAAAUGAAAAAAUCAACUGAAGAAAGAAAAGUUAAAGAUGUAGACGUUGAGGCACAAAAGAAAAAGGAAGAAGAAAAAGAAAAUAUUAAUGAAGAGGAAAAAAAAGCCACAGAAGAAGAGGCUAGAAAACGUAAAGAAGAAGAAGAAAGAAAACUUAAAGAAGCAGAAGAAGCUAGAAAACUUAAAGAAGCAGAAGAGGCUAGAAAACGUAAAGAGGAAGAAGAAAGAAAACGUAAAGAGGAAGAAGAAAGAAAACGUAAAGAAGAAGCUAAAAAACGUAAAGAGGAGGAAGAAAGAAAACUUAAAGAAGCAGAAGAGGCUAGAAAACUUAAAGAAGCAGAAGAGGCUAGAAAACUUAAAGAAGCAGAAGAGGCUAGAAAACGUAAAGAGGAAGAAGAAAGAAAACGUAAAGAAGAGGAAGAAGAAAGAAAACGUAAAGAAGAAGAAGAUAAAAAGAAGGCUAAAGAAGCAGCAGUUGCUAAAGCCAAAUCAGUAAAUGGGUAUUGUGAAAGUUUAAUGAAAGAGAACAAACAAUUUAAAUGCAUAAGAUGUAAAGGAAAAACCAAAGAAGAGGCUAUUUGUUUAGUUAGUAAAGAGGCAGUUGUUGUAAUAAUCCAAGAAAGAGAGCAAUGGGAAAUCAAGGAUCAAGUCAUGUUAGAUGAUAUAACACAAAUUGUUAAAGUCACUAAAAUUAAAGGACAAAUACGAAUUAAAUAUGGAGGGGGAGAAAAAGAAAAACAUAUUUCACUUAAUCUUGGAGAUCUUGUGGAUGAUUUUAUCAAAGAAGUCAACUCUAAGGCAAACUAA